AAAAAUUUCUUGGCAGCUGCUUAAAGCUACAGCAUAGGUCGUAUUGGACUCUUGAAAUUGUGAGUGAUUUGCACUUGAUUUCAUUUCGUGAAUCCGUAGUGUCUAGUGAAACUGCAACUACAUACAGUUCCCGGACUCGAUACAGGAUUAGUUCGCUUAGUCCUACAACAGGAGCUAGACAAAUAAUUUACUUCAAUAUGUAUCAAUAGAUUUUACACUUUGCUCUGACUAUGUCUGAAGCAUGUGAUGAUAAUUGGCUGUUGAGUUUUCAUUUUAUAAUUUCAUUGUCUGUCAGUCAGUCAGUAACAACGUAGAACUUCGUACGUACGUACAUCAGUUCGAGUUGCCACACCACAUUAGCACAGAGAUGCAGUGGUCGAUUCAAAUCCCGUAGUGGUAGAGGUAAUAAGAGUAUAAGCAGUAAUCGGGAAGAUUAGUGUUUGGAGAUGUUACUUAAAGAGUAUAAUACAGUGAAAAAAAUUUGGGAAGAGAAAAAAAAGAGACAAGGAGGAAUAAGGAGACCAAAAUUUGGGAGAACACAAAGAGUGUAUGCACCUGCGUCAUUGCAAACGAUUUUGAGCCAUGUCAUUCAGGGUCUCUAACCAUCGGUUGCUAUCAUCUCGCGAUCACCAACCAGGUAGUCUACACCUACCAACAUGACUCAGUCCACUUGUCAGUGACUUCAUGGACUUGUGCCAUGUUUUGGUUUGGCCGCCCCUAGCUUUCUUCCAACCUACUCCUAUACCACUGAACAUAGCACGUCGAGGUAGUCGGUCGUUGGGCAUACGUAACACGUGUCCCAGCCAUGUCAACUGAUGAAGUUUCACUACUUCACCAAUUGAUUUGCCAUCCUUACAUAGUAAGGAUGACAUACUACUGAUCCUACAGGUAGUUAUCAAACAGACGUAUGAGUUAUGUAAUAAUCAUUUGGGGAAUUCUUACUUUCGGCUUGUUAGUUGAAUGGCUAAGGUUUUACUUCUUCAUCCGUUUUAUUGUAUCGGGCAGAAGCUUUUACUUAUGGUCAUUUUGAAGUCCCUGUUAUAAACUAGUGAUUUUAAAUCAUUGUAAACAUAGGAUCUUUCAACUUUUUAUACUCUUUUGAAGUCUUCGCUCAACUAGUCUCUUUUACAGCAUCAUGAUUAGUCUGAUUGCGUAAUGAGAGAAGUAAAACCAUAUGAAACCAGUUACAUGAAGUAUUUGGAAACAUGACUGAUUAUUUUAUCUAUGUUCACUACUCGAUUGACAUAAAGGUCCUUCUGGUGACGACCAAUAACAAGUAAUUGAAACCAAUAUGUCUGAAAUAGUUACCCCUAUUAGUCUAUCAGUACAUGGCUCCGAAGAUAUCUCGACCGUAGCUUUCUUUUUGAUACAAAUUUUCUCCUUAUGCGUCAAAGUUACUCAUUAGUAUAGUUGCGCUUGUACGUCAAGCUUUUCAUAGUAAAAUGGAAAGUUAAGUAUUUCGACUUCAUUCAAAAUGUAGUUAGUAAAUGCGUGAAUGAUAAAUACAAUGUAGCAUAAUUAUUUUGAGUCCCUGGAAGCCUGUUAAUUUCCUAGAAUGAAGUAUUUCUAAACUGUGAUUUGUGAGAUAGCAAAUACCUGUGAUUAGCAACUUCAUUGUUGGAGUUCUAAUAGUUAUGUUUUUUGCCAUGUAUAAUGAAUGCAGCAUCAUUUAGACGUUCACUGGCCAUCUCAUAUUUUUGGUACUUCAGUUCUUUUUUGUCAUAACUGCUUUUUUCUACUUGCGGCUGACAUUGUUUGUAAUCAUACCACCUCAAGUUUUUAAAAGUAUUUGGGUCUAUUUUAGUUUCUGUUUGUCAAAUUAAUCCUUGUUAUCCUGUUAAAUAUUACUCGUAUGAACUAUUGUCGUUUUUACAGAUCAUUGCACUCGAUUACUUUGGUUGAACCAACUACAUCAAAUUACGGUCAUUUUUGUGAUUUUCCACUUUUAUAAAGGUGUACAUGAUAUAAAUCAGACAUGGAAGAAGAAGAUACGUACUUACCAGAAAACCAUCCAUUACAACAAUACUUUCGAGAAAUCGGAGUUCCGGAUGUUGCUACUUGUGAAAUCUCCAAAAGGCCUACUAUCACCACCACUACUACCUUUCUGAUGAAAAAGUUUGCGCAUAUCUUAUCGUACUUCAAAUGCAUAAAUCCUUUUGAUUUUACAUUAUAUUUCGGUCUCGAUUUACCACUUACAAGAUAUCUUUUAUUUCAGAUAAUUAGCCUAAUAAAGUACAGUGAUCUAAUUACUGUUGAGAAUAAACCAGUGGUUGAAUACAUAUACUCGGUGGGAAAUAACGACCAAGUCGACUCAAGAUGUUGUUUUGCGAUGUUUUCAAUUCUUUGUGGAUUCGGAUUGAGUUACUCUGCUCAAAUGAUUUUUAUAUUCUUACUCGUUAUUUUAUGUUUACGGAUGUCCAAUGUACUAUUGUUAAUGGUAUCUAAAUAUCAUCUUGCAGACUCAUUGAAGCAAAUGAAAAAAUUCUCUCACAGAUCCCAUCUUAUCAUUCUUUUCUUACAAGAUCUCAAUACCCGCCGUUAUUUCGGUCCCAAAAUUGUAGAUAAAAAUACAUUUAAAAUUUUCCCACUAAUAUACCAUCAGGCGUACAACUUUAUGCGCGCUUACCUUAUAGGAUUGAUUGAUUUUUCUGUUAAAUUGGGAAACUUACUUGAUGAAAAUAAUUCUGAGAUACCAUUGGAGAUGUCAACUUCAGAACUGAUUCAAUUAAAAUGUGACAUAGAAGAAAAGCCUAAAGACCCAAGCAUCGAGAAUCUACGAAUGUUUUGUGAACUGUUAAAACUGUUAACAUCUGAUCUCUUAGUCAAAUUGUCAUUCUCGUUUUGCCAAUCAAGACGGGGUACUUUCCACCUAUUACGAUUGAUUAUGUCGGUAUGGAAAUGGGACUACUUUUUGACUAGAAUAAAGAAUGAAUUCAAUAAACUGAAUGAAUUGCAUUCAAUGAUUUUAAAUGGCAAGCUCAUACAUAAUGAUGCUCGAACUGCAAAAGAAUGUGUAUCUGGAGAAAAUGAAGUCAAAAAUCUCUAUAAACGAACAGAGGCUCGAAUAACUCACGAAUUAUUGCUGCAUCUUCUUGUUUCAUUGGAACAUGCCAACAAUUUGAAGUCCUAUGUUGAACAAAAUUGUAAUACGUCAUUUGUUUCGAAUGAAACCUUUUCCAAUUUAGUUAGUCUCAUACGUUGUCAAUUGAAUGCAUCCCUGAUUUUUUUGAAUGAAUUGGAUAAUGUUCAAACUGCAGACAAUGUUGAUAUUUCAAAAGAAAAUAUAGAAACUACUGUUGACUUCCUAUAUUGCCGAGAUGGGAUUUCAUCUAGUAAAGAUGUUCUGAAAGCUGUGGAUCCAAUUGUAGAGGAUGAUGUAUUAGAAGAUAUAGCUGUUGGAGACUCCUCUAGUCGUGAAUCUGAAGCGGAGUACGAAAAUGUUGAUUGCGUGAAUUCGCUAAAGAACCCAUCAUCAGGUAUGCAUGUUGCUGUACUGAAAGAACUUAAGAAUGUAAUAUCUCACCGUCGAGUGAUUAUGCAGGAGCGUGAAGAAUGUGCUUUAAAACGACGAUUGCAGAUAGAGUGUCCUGAUAACGAAAAGCUGAGUCUAUCCACUGACAGGGUCAGCCUCAGUUCUGAAAAGGAGCUUCAAACUCAGUUUGUAUUAUCCAAUUCACUUGAUACAAAUGAAAGCAACUGUGCUUCUAUGGAUGAUAAACUACUAGAAUUUUUCCCAACUCCUUUGUGUAAUUCAUCAUGCGAAUAUUUCAAAAAGUCCCGUACUGGACGUCGAAAUUUAAAAUGUAAUGUUUCAAAAAGAAAUUCAAUCUUUCUUCAGCUGUCACCUACUAAUGUACAUGAAAAUUAUAGAAUUUCAAAUUGUUCUGACCCAAUUGUAUUGAAAAAUGUUUCACAGUCAAAAAACGCACCAGAUAAUAAGUUUCUACAAUGUUCUGCACUAGCGAAUGCUUUAAUGAAUCAACGUAAAUUGUUGGGAUUAGCCACAGAGGAUUGUUUUACUGGAAUUGGUUCAGGUGAAAUGUGUGUUGAAAUGUCAGAAGAGAAUCAUACUGGCAUUUCAUAAUAAUCAAUGAAUUCUUCUUCACAAUUAUCAUUAUGUAGUAAUAGACAUUGUACAUUAUUCAUUUUGUUAUUUUUCUGUGUAACUAUUCUGACACUUGAGGGUACAGUCGCAUUGUAUUUUAUUAAAACUGAAAUAUACGUUUAGAUACGUGGUGUGAGUACGUAACAGAGGCUAUUGAAUGCAUGUUCGAGGAUUCUAUGUUCUAAUUGGGUAAUAUAGAUUUUCACCCUUUGAAUUUCGUACGUAUUACCGAACGGAAAUCUGAUUUGUUUUGAAGU